AUGAUAGCUACGCAGAAAGAAAUGGCCGAAGCAAAGCUUCCAUUAGGAUAUAGAGAUUAUUGUGCACAUUUAUUGAUACCAUUAAAUAAAUGUCGUAUUGAAGCUUGGUAUUUACCAUGGAAAUGUGAAGAUGAAAAACAUGCAUUUGAAAAAUGUCAAUACGACGAUUAUAUGAGGAGGAUGAGGCUUUUGGCGAAACGAAAAAAGAAAGAGGAUCAAGCAAAAACAGAAAUUGACGCUUAG